AAGAAGGUCGAACACUGGGAGAACUUCUGGUAACGACUCGUCCUUUCAGUUCAGCAAUGGUGGAUGACUUGCCACGUAUAGGACAAGGUCGACCAACAGAACAACAACUGCUAAUGGAUCAACAUUGCAUCGCGCUGUUGCUUAUGAAGGAUGAGUACCGCGUGUUGAGAGCCGUCACCUGGAGACACAUUUACAGCCCUCACUCCGGCUCUGGACAUCCGGCGUGCUUCUACGCCGGCAGUGUGCUAGACAAGUUCCUCAGGUUCCUGCGAUUGGCCCGCCAUUCGCCAACCCUCUUGGGGUUCUUCAUGCUUAAUCCAACUACGGGACACGAAGUCAUCAAAAUGUUUGUUCUCUGCUGGAAAUUCAUUUACCACUUAUACGCAAUUAUUCCAUCUCUGGGGCAAAUCUUAUUUACCUUUGCUAUCUCUUGACAUGGACUCCUUUCAGGAUGACCCCACAUGAAGAGGCGGUGACAGUCAAUGGAACGGAAUGCCACAUCUGGGCUCAUUAUAGGUAAGGAAUUGCACAUUAACUUGGGGACCCGCGAUAGGGGAAUCCUUUUAUCAAUAAAUAUCACGUCACCUCGCCAUCUUCAGCUUCUACUGCGAAUUAACAGCACUCUGGGUCACCAGACAAGCAUGGGGAUGGGGGGGCGGGGGACGAACUUGGCGCAGGAUCGUGGCCGGUUUCGGACUUUUGUGUCUUCGGCGUUGGACUUGCGGGUUCUCCUACCAGGGAGUUGGGUUAGUUUGUCGGUCUCCAGA